AAAAAACGUUUUAUACGACAAAAGUAGCGACAAGCAAUAAAAUUAAGAAUUUUUCACAAUUUUCUCAUCCCCUUCGCUUGGAAAAGCAUCGGAAAAGAUGGAAAAUAGAAGAUAGAGCAACAACUACAUCAAAACGGCUGUUUUUGUUGAAAUAUAUUGGGCUUUCUUAAACUUUGAUGAAUUAUAACCUCAAAAAAGUUCCAUGACUUCACCCACUUCACCACCUCGGACCGCGGCUAAGUCCGGCUUUACCAACUGUAGCGUAAAAUGUUUUCAGCGCAAACCUCAAAUGUACCAAAUGUCAUAAAAAAAUUAGAUUUACAGUUUUUAUUGAGAUCCAAAAAAAUUAUUCCGUGAGAAAAUGAAUGCAGAGGAUCCACCUGAAGCUGUUUUCAUAAAAGUAGACCCAAAUUUUAUCCUAUUCAAUUCAGAAGAUCGUGAUGGAGGGCCGGGAAAUUCAGGAAUUCAUCCAAUUGAGGAGAGUUGGGUGAAGGAAGAACUUCCGGAUGACCCCAUAAGCUUCAAUCCCGUGGGGAAGAGUCCGGAAGUGGAAGCAUAUAGGAGGGAAGGAUUUAAGAACUUUGGCUGGAAGUUCUGGUGUAAAUUCUGUGAGAAGGGAUUCACCCAACGUAGCUUCCUUUUGCGCCAUGAAAUCAUUCAUACGGGCGCGAAGCCCUUUCGGUGCGAUAUCUGCUCCAAGACAUUCGGUCGGAAGGAUCAGCUGAAGCGUCAUCGGCAGGUUCAUGGAGAAGCCUGGGUAGAGGAUGAAGAGCCAGAUGAUGGGAAGUGCAAGAUUUGUGUGGAGAACUGUACUAAUAGGGAUCAUGGAGCUAUUGGGGAGGACUCCAAGCCUCCUGAGGAAGAUGCUGGGACGUCUGGAACCGCUGAAGGCAUGGAUGUAGCGCAGGAGGAUGAAAAUGAUGCAAAUUCAGGGAAUGAGGAGAUGAAAGCCAAAGAGAAGAAGUUCCUUUGCACCAUUUGUGGAGUUGGGUAUGCCCGGGCUGCUGAUGUUGCACGUCAUGAGCUCACACACACCGCUGAGCCUAAAAAGCCAAGUGUCCCAAUAAUCUGUGAAAUUUGCAACAAGACUUUCUCCCGGAAGGAUCACUGGAAGAAACAUAUGCGCCUGCAUGGGAUUUUCCUAGCUAAAGGGAGGCACAAAGGGUUUGCUGAGCAUGAAAAUCAAUGCAACUUCUGCGGGGAAGUUUUUCAGGAUAAAGAACAACUCACCUAUCAUCGUACCAUCCACGCGAAAUCCUUCACGAGUCAUUCAUGCUAUGUCUGCAAGGCGAUGUUUGAAACCACAGAAGAGCUACGAAGUCACUACAUGACCCACACGGACAUCAUUCAAGGAGAGACAGCGCAGGAACCACCAGCUACUACACCCAAAGAGACGCCGAAGAAGAAAUAUUCCUGCAAUCACUGCGAAUUGAGCUUCAUUAGUCGUUCGAAGCUCGCAAAGCAUCACCGGAAGCAUCAAAAUGCCAAAAAGUAUUCAUGCACCAAGUGCGGGAAGAGCUAUGAUGAUGAAUUUAAGCUGGAUCGACACAUGCGCGUCCAUUCCGGGACUACAGAUCAUGUCUGCCUCGUAUGCAAUCGACACUUUCCGGAAGCGAAGAAUCUCAAGCGGCACAUGAUGACGCAUACAGGUGAGAAGCCCUUUCAGUGUGAGUACUGUACCAAGACUUUUACGCAAUCCAGCAAUUGGGUACGGCAUCAGAAGGUCCACGAAGACCCGGUGACAGGUGAAAUGAAGGAAAUGAAGCCCCCAAAGGCGCCAAAGGAGAAGAAAAUAAAACCACAGAAGCAAAAAGAAGAAGCCCCAACAUUGAUCCCAAAGACGGAACCUAUAGACGAGGAAACGUACGAAAUUGAGACGCUGGAGGAGAAUUUUGACGAAGUACUGCAAACUCCGGACGCAGAGGCAUACCAAGGGGUUAAAGAAGAAAUGUUUGAGAUGCAAUUUAACGAGGAGGAGGACGAGGAGGAAGAAGAGGAACUCGAGGAAAUGAUCUAUGACUGCAUUUACUGCUUCAAAGCCUUCAUGUGUCGUGAGAAGCUCAAUGAGCACACAGUUGAGGUGCACAAGCAAGCCCGUGGGGUGUACUACAAAGAAAUUGUACCGGAAAAGAAGGAAAAGAUCUACAAGUGCAACUUGUGUCAGAUGAGCUUCUCCAAGACCUACGCCAUGGCACGUCAUAUGAAUCUGCACAAAGAAGAGAAGAAGUUUUGCUGCAACAUCUGCGGACGGGGCUUCGAUGAUGCCCCCAAGUUGGAGCAUCACAUGAAGAUCCACACUGAUGAUCGGAACAUCAAGUGCGACAUCUGCGGGAAGAGCUACCAAAGCGUACGGAAUCUCCGUCGGCACGAAGUAUCCGUUCAUGCUGAGGAUAAACCCUUCAAAUGCACAGAGGAGGGAUGCAGCAGAUCCUUCGGGAGACGCGAUAAAUACAUCUUGCACCUACAGACGAGGCAUAAACGCAGCCAAUUGUAGAAAAAUUUCCUGAUUCUGAUGAUUUUUUCCAGAAUUAUAUUAAUAUGUAUUUAUUGGUGGAUGGAAAGAUCUUGAAUUAAUAAAUUAUGACAAAAUUAUAAGUAAAAA